GCAAAUAGCAAAAGUUUAGCAAACCCGAACGAACGAUUACCUACCGACCUGUGUGAAAAGUGUGAUAAGGAUUCGCUCGCCGUUUUUGUGCCGUUGUUAUUUGGUGGAAUAUAUUAGAAGCAGAAAAAAUAAAUAAAUAAAACUACUAGUGAACCGCAAGAAGGUGGAAAAAAUAUGUGUCUAAAGGAAAUGGAUCAUCCUGUCAGUAGGCUGAGCGAUCAGCUGUUGUGCGAUCGCGUUGGAGGUGAUCUGAGUAUGGAAAGUGAGAAGAAUAAGGCGGCUGGUGCCGCCGCCGCUGCCACGGUGGAACAGGAACUGUACCGUGACAUGCUGGCCGGCGGUACGGAAGCUACCAGGAAGCUGUUCGAGGACAUCACGGGCGUAGGCGAGAAGCUGAAGCGAAGCACUGCCUACAAGAUCCUCACUCGUACCACGCAACCAUCGCAUGCAAUUUCGAUGCUGUUUGUCUCCUUCAUGCUGCUGGUGCUGUGGCCGAACAUAGUAGGCCAAUCGCCGGAUGCUGAAAGCGAGUGUGUCAGACCAACGGCAAACCGUGCCGGGGUGCUGGUUUCCUUGGCCUACUUCGGUUCCUUCGCCAUGCACUUCGGAGCCCAAAUGUGGAUGACAUUUGUGUCCGGUUUGGCACUCUAUUUCAACCUGCCACGUCACACGUUCGGUCGCAUUCAGGAGAUCCUGUUCCCGAAAUAUUUCUCCAUGGGAACCGCUCUUAGUGUCGUAACGCUGCUGACUUUCAUCAAACUGCAACAGGCCGCCCAUCCGGAGCUGAGCACGGCUUCGCUGAACAGUUGGGAACCUGCGCUGCUGCUGCAGCUGAUCGCACUGGCUCUGUGUGCCGCCCUGGAGUUGAUCGUGUGGCUCUAUCUGGCCCCGCCGAUGCUCCGCCUGAUGCAUCUGAAGUACAACUUCGAAGCUCGCGAAACCGUCGGCCAGGAAGUGGGUCAAUUCAGUGGGACGGAAAAUGCCCAACUGAGGCGCUCCAAUCCGUACCAGAACGUGCACAAACGCUUCCGCCAGAUCCAUAUGGCGACGGCCAUGAUCAACAUGACCUCGCUGCUGUGCACCUUCGUGCAUCUGCACUAUCUGGCGUCCCGGGUCGAGCUGCGGUGAAUGACGAUCCGAGCCAAUCCAAUCCAAUAGCCGAUCGGACGGACGCCAUUUUGUUGCAGGCGCUGGCGCUACGUGUAACAUUGACUGAGUGCGGAAUGUGCGUAAAUGUGUGCGUGACGCCCCCCCGGAACAACAACAGGAACCGCUGCAAGCCAAAGUAUUAGCAACGGACAAUUCCAGCUGUAAAGCAGUAUUACCAUUUAGGAACACAGCCCCGAGUGUGAGAUUAGAAUCAAAAUUUUUUCAAAGAAUCUAGUCCUUUUUCGCGUUAGAAAACUAUUAGACCUUCUGAUGGGAGGGUCAAAAACACACACCAACACACUAAAUCUACUUCAGAUCCAGUAGUAAAGCUUGUAGACGAUUAGAUAGCACUGAAAUUUUAGUGAUUAUUGCAAAAUGAGAUUAAAAUACUGUUACUGUGUUAGUCGUAAGUUUUUGUUUUAGCAGCCUAUUUAUUGCAAUAUUCGAAAAAUUCUGUGUUAGGAAGAAAACAGGUAAACCAAAUGAAAGAGAAAAAACCCCGAACGAAGACGAAACGAGCGAGAGUAAAGAUCUGAAGUAGUGUUCUUAGAAUUUAGAGUAAAAACCAACCUAGCUAGGCUUAAGUAGUUGAAAUCAAUUUAUAAUUUGCCAUGUAUAGCAAUCAAGAGACAGCUUACUACUAUUUAUUUGUUCCAUGCCCUAUUAGAAGCUUACGUAAAUAAGAAAGCAGCUGGUAUACGAUUUGUUAGAAAAACAAUCAAAUUUUAAACUUUUUAAACUUAGAGCUGAAUUUUCGUUACGAACGAAAACAACAAUAAUAAA